AUGGCUGAAACUGCUAUCGACGUUGCUGCUACGGCCCCUGCCGUCGUCGCCUCUCCGCCAGCUGCCAAAGCACCACCGAAGCAGGCGGCCAAGGCUAGCAAGAGUGACGCCAAGAAACCGAAAAAAUCUUCAACCCAUCCACCAGUGAGUGAGAUGGUUCUGGCUGCCAUCCGGACCCUGAAGGAACGGAGCGGAUCAUCACUGCAGGCGAUCAAAAAGUACAUCGCCGCCAACUACAUGUGUGACGUCGCCCGGCUGGCUCCGUUUAUCCGGAAGGCUUUGAAAACGGGUGUCGAGAAGGGAAACAUCACCCAGACCAAGGGUACCGGUGCUUCCGGAUCGUUUAAGGUGACGGUCGAAGCAAAGAAACCGGCUGGCGAUAAGAAACCACCGAAGAAAUCGGCUACUAAAUCCGGGGAGAAGAAAAAUCCGCCGGCUGGUGGUGGUGAGAAGACCAGCAAGCCAAAGGCGGCGAUCCCGGCCGCUAAGAAAUCGGCUACGAAGAAAGCGAAAGCUGCUGCCCCUGCAAAGGCGCUUGAGCAGCAGCGCGCGUUCACACCCGCAUUCAACUGGCCCGCCGAUUGGCGAGAUAAAUCAGUCGUUAGGCUUGAUUACACAAAUCACUAUAGUAAAUAG